AUGAAGGGCGCCAGCAACGAGGUCAGAGCGAUACUUGGCGCAAGUGUUCACCGUAUGGUAGUCGUGAGUCAGAAGAUGAGACCCGGCGGUACCACGCCAUGGUGGCAGCAGGUUCCUGAUUCUGCUGACGAAAUGACCUAUGAAUGUGACGCAAAGCUGGGUGCGCCCGCAGCGGUAGAUUGCGCAAAGGUUGAGUACGGGGAACUGGGCGCGGACGACGAUAUUAUCUCGGUAGGAGCAGGGGUAGUGAAAUUCCUCUCAUCGGGUACCUGUCAAGUCGCUAUCACGGCAGCAACCACCAUAACCCUCAAUUGGCGCCAAAUACGCACAGCACUGGAUACCCUCUUCAACAUUUGCGUCAACCCUCCCUAUUACGCAGGCACCGGAGGCAAGGCUUACUUCGGGCCUCAGCCUGUGGUCAGCCGUCGAUCUCGCUGGGGGAAGCGACAGGAUAAUGAUGAUCUCAGUGGGUUGAAUGCUCUACCACCGGGAGGUAAUAUCACCGUAUCAUCGGUGCCUCAGCGGCCGCCAGAACGAAUGCUCGGGGUGAAUACCACUUUAGCCGAGAAUUCUACUAUGCUUGUAAAUGCUACGUAUGCUAUCCCGGCUCUUUAG